AGUUUUACUAUAUAGAUGAGCGUUUUCCGGUAUAAGAGAUUUGUACUUCUUGCGUUCUUCUUUCACAAAUCGAAGGUGAGAGAUAUGGAGAGUUUCCAAAUAGAGAGGAAGUCAUCGAUUGAGAGCGAGCCGCGGACGCUCCACUUCGGCCAAAUCCAAUGUGCGAGGGAAGCAGCACUUUAUGUUUUGAAUACCAAAAGCAUCGAAGAAGCUUUAAGAAUUUUCACAGAGGGUUUGCAGCCAGUGGUUAGUGCAAAGGAGAAUAAUGCAAUGGAUUCGGGCGAUGAAUGGGACUACGUUGCAUCUCAUCUGACGAUUCCUCCAGUCUAUACACCCGGCUCAAGAGAUGUCGUCACAGCCCCUUUCUAACCAGGGAUUGUGUGUGUGUGUGUGUGUGUGUGUGUGUGUGUGUUUUUGUUUUUUUGUAUUUUUGUAUCAUUUUGUGUAUUGAGAUAAAAUCAAAUAAAAGCAUAUUACAAUAUGUAAGAUGAAAGAAGAAAAA